CUGGAAAUGAAAUGAUAUAAAGACAAUAAAUCAGUUUCAUUUGUGUUUCAUUUUAGACUGUGGCUCUAUAUAUGCGCAAAGCAAUGCUGUUCCCUUUGUUCUUCAUUAAUUCUCAUCCGCGUGGCUGAGUCCAUGAGCUCCGACCAGGCGGCGGUCACCGGCCACCGGUUCUCGUCAGUCGUGCCCGGCGACGUGACCGGCAGCGCCGUCGUGCACGAGCUCGGCGGCAUGGACCUCAUCAUGAAGCUCCACUACUUGAGAGCCGUGUACUACUUCGCGCCCAGCGAGGUGGUCGACGGGCUCGCCAUUACGGACCUCAAGAAGCCCAUGUUCCCAUGGCUCAACGUGUACUACCCCCUCGCCGGGAGGAUCCGGCGGGCGGCGGAGGGCGGCCGUCCGUUCAUCAAGUGCAACGACUCCGGGCUCAGGAUCGUCGAGGCCAGCUGUAGCCGGACGAUGGACGAGUGGCUGCACGUGGAGGAGGGCGGCGAGUCGAGGUGGAGGAGCCUCGUGCCGGACAAGGUGCUCGGCCCGGAGUUGUACUUCUCGCCGCUGGUUUACAUCCAGUUUACCAGAUUCAAACAUGGAGGGAUGGCAAUUGGAUACAGCUGGGCUCAUGUUCUAGGCGAUCCAGAGUCAGCCACGAAUUCUAUCAACCUCUGGGGAGAGCUCCUCAGUGGCAAUCCACAAACAGUGAUAGCACAAAAGAAUGAGGAAAACACUGAAGAACCUGUGAUAGCACCUCAAGGACCAGCUCCAGCUCUAGUUCCAGCUCCAGCUCCAAUCAAGCAAGUUGAAAUAGCUGAAGAUGUGUGGCUCCCUCCCACACAUCGUAAAAUGGCAACACAUUGCUUCAGGAUCACUGAAACUGAGCUCCAGAAGCUGCACGGAGAGCAAGUCCCUCCUUUUGAAACGAUCUCAGCUCUGUUCUGGCGGUGCUUGGCGAGAAUUCGAAGCCGGAGAGAACCCGAAUUGGCGACCAUAUGCCGAUCCGGAACUCCGGCGAAGAACAAUGAGAUACUGCACAACAAGUUCAGAACAAGCACGAUCAAAUUAGACUCCUCAGCCGCCAGCGUCGAGCUGUUGGGACUGGCAACCAAAAUCCUGAAACAGGACAUGGACGAGGCAUUGGUUGACAGAGACAACAGUACUGGCGAGCAAGAUUUUCUACUGUAUGGGGCAAAUCUAACGUUUGUCGACAUGGGAGGGAUCGACUUGUAUGGGUUAGAGCUCAAGGGGCAGAGGCCUGUGCGAGUGGACUACAGCGUCGACGGCGUCGGUGAGGAAGGAGCAAUUCUGGUGCUUCAGGCUCCUCAGAGAACAGAUCUAAGUGUGAUGGUCAUCCUGCCAGAAGAUGAGAUCCCGAGCCUGUGCCGAGUGCUCAGCAGCGAUUUCGGCAUCGCUUAAGCAUGUGUCUGUCCCAGACAUCAUGAGCUGAGCUAGUCGUGUUCCACUUCCAGCUUCUUGUUAUCACUUUUCUGAAUCCAUUUGGCCUGAUCAAUAAAUUAAUUGGGGGUUCUUCCAAUUGAGUUAU